GCCAGGCGAGACCCAAUCAGUCUGAAGGGGGGAGGGGUGGUUUGCUGCGGCAGCGGAAGCAACACUCCCGAUUGUGCCCCCUCAGUGUCAGCGCAAGAAGUGGCUCUGGGGGCUUUUCGGAGCGACUCCGCCGCACCCUCGGCUGCAGGUGGACAUGAGUUCUCAACAGUUUCCCCGCUCUGGAGCGCCUCCCACAAGUCUCGGACCAGCUCCUCCUCCAAUCUCCACCAGUGGAUCUACCGGACUGAUAAACCCAACAACUACAGUAGUGAGUGAUGAACCUAGCCGAGAAUUGGAAGUUACUCCUAGAGAUCAUGUGGUCCCUGGGGGCUCUCUGCAGUCUCGUGAAGAGAAGCAGGAAACGGUGGUAGUUCGGCCAUAUCCACAAGUGCAGAUGUUGACUCAGCACCAUACAGUGCAGUCUGGUGUGCCGGUUACAGUGGCAGCUCCUCCAGCACAUCUGGCUCCAGCAGUGCCACUUUCUUUUUCUGAAGGACUUAUGAAGCCUCCCCUGAAGCCCACCAUCCCUAGCCGUCCUAUUGCACCAGCUCCACCCUCUACUCUGUCUGGUCCCACCAAAGUCCCUGGGCAGGUUACUGUAACCAUGGAGAGCAGCAUCCCACAAGCCUCUGCUAUUCCUGUAGCAACGAUCAGUGGACAACAGGGACAUCCUAGCAAUGUGCACCAUAUCAUGACCACCAAUGUUCAGAUGUCAAUCAUCCGAAGUAGUGCUCCUGGGCCACCAUUACACAUUGGAGCCUCUCAUUUGCCUCGAGGUGCAGCAGCUGCUGCUGUGAUGUCCAGUUCUAAAGUAACAACGGUUCUCAGGCCAGCUUCACAGUUGCCAAAUGCAGCAACAGCGCAACCAGCAGUUCAGCACAUCAUCCAUCAACCUAUCCAGUCCCGGCCUACUGUGACAACGUCAAGUACCAUCCCUCCUGCUGUGGUAGCGACCGUUUCAGCCACCAGGGCUCAGUCACCUGUUAUUACUACGACAACGACACAUGCUACGGAUGCUACCCUCAGUCGGCCAACAUUGUCGAUUCAGCAGCACCCACCUUCUGCACCUAUCAGUAUUCAGCGUCCUGCGCAGCCACGGGAUACAGCAACUAGAAUUACUCUACCUUCCCAUCCAGCCAUAGGAACACAAAAACAGCAGCUUCACACCAUGGCUCAGAAAACAAUUUUUAGUACUGGUACUCCAGUGGCAGCAGCAACUGUGGCACCUAUUUUAGCAACCAAUACCAUUCCUUCAGCUACUACUGCUGGUUCUGUAUCUCACACUCAAGCGCCUACAAGUACAAUUGUCACCGUGACUAUGCCCUCACACUCUUCCCAUGCAACUGCUGUGACCACCUCAAACAUCCCAGUUGCUAAAGUGGUCCCUCAGCAAAUCACGCACACUUCUCCUCGCAUCCAGUCUGAUUACACUGCAGAGAGGAGUAAUCUCAUUCCGAUAUCUGGGCACCGUGCAUCUCCAAAUCCAGUUGCAAUGGAAGCUAGAAAUGAUAACAGACAGUCGGUGCCUGUUCAAUUCCAGUACUUCUUACCAACAUAUCCACCUUCUUACCCCUUGGCUGCCCACACUUACACACCUAUUACCAGCUCCGUGUCCACUAUCCGCCAAUAUCCUGUUUCAGCUCAGGCCCCCAAUUCUGCCAUAGCAGCUCAGACUGGAGUCGGAGUGGCUUCCACAGUCCAUCUUAAUCCCAUGCAGCUGAUGACAGUGGAUGCAUCUCACGCCCGUCAUAUCCAGGGCAUCCAGUCUGCACCAAUUGGUGCGCAAGGUAUACAGCCAGCCCCCAUCAGUGCACAAGGAAUGCAGUCUGCGCCAAUUGGAACCCAAGGGCUACAUCCAGCGGCACCAAUUGGCACGCAAGGUCUCCAGACUGCACCACUGGGUGCUCAGCAGCCACAAACUGAAACCAAGACAUCAGUGGUCUUGGCAGAUGGAGCCACCAUUAUGGCCAAUCCAAUCAGCAAUACAUUCAACACUGCCCCAGCUUCAACGACAGUGGUGCAAACCCAUAGUCAGAGUGCCAGUUCUAGCACACCAGCCCAGGGUUCAUCCCCUCGUCCAAGCAUUCUCCGGAAGAAACCCACUACAGAUGGGUUGGCAGUUAGGAAAAGCCUCAUUCCCCCUCAGCCACCUGAGGUAGCUGGCACUCGAGUUGAGAGCUCCAUGAGGAGUGCGUCUGGAUCACCAAGACCAGCCAGUGCCAAACCUAAACCGGAAAUUCAUGUAUCUAUGGCCACUCCUGUAACAGUGUCUGUGGAAGCAGUAUCCAUUCAGAGCAAUGAGCAGCCUCCUAUCUCAGCCCCUGCUUCUCAGCAGCCACCAUCUGCCAUUCCAACAAUCAUCACAGCAGCUAGUCCACCUUUGCAGCCCACAGCAGCUCUCUCAACCAUUCCAGGAACCGUUCCAGCUCCUCCGCCAGCUUCGGCCACAAUUGUGACGGCUCCUCCACCUCCAUCCACCAUCAGUGGUGUCCUCUCUACAGUAUUGGGUUCUGUUGUGCCAGAGAUAAAAAUAAAAGAGGAAGUGGAACCUAUGGACAUAAUGCGGCCAGUCUCAGCAGUUCCUCCACUGACUACAAACACUGUCUCUCCAUCCCUUACACUGCUGGCCAACAACCUUUCGGUGCCCCCAAGUGACUUGCCACCUGGUGCCUCUCCAAGGAAAAAACCACGGAAGCAGCAACAUGUCAUCUCUACAGAGGAAGGGGAUAUGAUGGAGACCAAUAGCACUGAUGAUGAGAAAUCCACUACCAAAAGUUUGCUGAUCAAGGCAGAAAAGCGGAAGUCACCUCCAAAAGAAUAUAUAGAUGAAGAAGGUGUGAGAUAUGUGCCAGUACGUCCGAGACCACCCAUAACAUUGCUUCGUCACUAUCGCAACCCAUGGAAAGCUGCCUAUCAUCACUUUCAGCGGUACAGUGAUGUCCGGGUGAAAGAAGAGAAGAAGGCUAUGCUACAAGAGAUCGCUAAUCAGAAAGGUGUAUCCUGCCGUGCACAAGGGUGGAAAGUCCACCUUUGUGCAGCACAGUUAUUGCAGCUGACUAACCUGGAACAUGAUGUGUAUGAACGGCUCACCUCUCUGCAAGAAGGGAUAAUUCCCAAGAAAAAGGCAGCCACUGAUGAUGACUUGCAUCGAAUAAAUGAACUGAUACAGGGGAAUAUGCAGAGAUGUAAACUUGUAAUGGAUCAAAUAAAUGAGGCUCGAGAAUCUAUGCUAAAGGUCUUGGAUCACAAAGAUCGUGUUCUGAAACUUCUCAACAAGAACGGAACUGUCAAGAAAGUAUCCAAAUUGAAGAGAAAAGAAAAGGUCUAGAGCCAGAGCUAUAUAAGGACUCUGGAAUCCAAAACGAUUGUACAGAACAGUGUUAAGGCUCUUUUAUUUUGGGGUUUAUUUUAGAGAGCUACAUUUGAGUAAAAAGGCAGAGUUUCAGAGAAGGACAACGAAUUGAUACGUGGAGCCCAGUGACCUUAAGGGAUUAUUAUUGACCUAUCAAAGGAACAAAGAUUUUUCUCAGGCUCGUCCCUGUUUAAACUCUUCAGUCACAUUUUGUUUAGCCCUCUUGAUGUGCCAGUGCCUACUAAUUGGAACCAUUGAUGCAGACGUGAUAGACAGUCCCCCUCCAUCCAUCUUACAGUUUUAGAGAUAACUUCACAGGUUUGUACAAUGGAUUCCUGCAACAGACCUCAAGAACCACCCAUCUUGAAACUAUCUCUCAUAAGUGUUCAAAAUUUUUGGAGAUGACACUACUUCCACCGAGCCCUCUCCGUACUUGCUCCUUAUGAUCUUGCAGUGGCUGGAGCAGCCUUCAUUAACCAGUGACAGUGCACUGGAAGUUCUGCUACAUUUAGAAUCUUUAAGUGGUUCUCAAGUCUCUAGCUGUCAGUUUUUUUAAAAAAAAAAAUUUCAAAGUGAUUUGUAGUGUUGUGAAGUGUGUGUGUGUGCCCAUGUUGGUGCUCCGGGAUAUCGUUUUCAAAAUACACUCAUACAGCACAGUGCUUCCUGCUGUAGCUGAUGUGAUGCUAUUCAUUGUGUUACAUACAAUUGUGCUAUAAACCAUCCUAAAACAUGAAUAAAGGAUUUGGAGGAUUUUUAUAAGAA